UAAAAUCAUGAUUGAGUGAUUUUAUUAUUACUACUUAAACAAAGCCAAAGCUAUAUGCAUAAACAUUACAUAUGCAACGCGAGUCAAGAGGAAGCAGCGUACAGGGUUUCAAGGAUUCCCAAUUACAAAAAUGAAAACAACGCAGGAGGAAGAAGAAAGAAGGCGGCUGGAAGAGUUGGUGGAAAGCAAUCCCGAUGACCCCUCCCUUCAUUUUCAACUUGGACUAUGCUUGUGGGAAUGUGAGACAGAGAAAGAGAGAGCGGCGGAGCAUUGGGUGCUUUCCGCAAAACAAAACCCUAAAAACGCAGCAGCCUUCAAAUACUUGGGCCAUUACUACGCCACUGUUUCGGUUGAUGUCCAGAGAGCCAUCAAAUGUUAUCAGAGAGCUCUAUCCCUUCAUCCCGAUGAUUCCGAUGCUGGGGAAGCUUUGUGUGAUUUGUUGGACCGACAAGGCAAGGAGUCCUUGGAGCUCGCAAUUUGCAAAGAUGCUUCUCACAACUCCCCCAGGGCUUUCUGGGCAUUCCGCCGAUUGGGUUUUCUCCAGGUGCAUCAUAAGAAAUGGUCUGAAGCUGUACAAAGUCUUCAACAUGCCAUUCGCGGCUAUCCUACCUCUCCUGAUUUGUGGGAAGCUCUUGGUCUUGCCUACCAUCGACUUGGCAUGUUUACUGCCGCAAUUAAGUCCUAUGGGCGUGCAAUUGAAUUGGAAGAUACAAGAGUCUUUGCGCUGGUUGAAUGUGGAAACAUCUUUUUGAUGCUUGGUUCCUUUAGAAAGGGAAUUGAGCAAUUUCAGCAAGCACUGAAGAUCACACCACAAAAUAUAUCUGCACUCUGUGGACUUGCAUCUGGGCUUCUUGGUCUGUCAAAAGAAUGUAUAAAUUCAGGAGCAUUUAGAUGGGGAGCUUCAUUGUUAGAGGGUGCAUGCAAAGUAGCAGAAGCAAGCAUCCAAUCAGCUGGUAAUUCAUCAGGUACUUGGAAGUUGCAUGGUGAUAUUCAGGGGUGUUUCCCUCCUGGCCAGCUUGCAUAUGCUCAAGGUUAUCCAUGGAUGGAGGAGAGCCAGAGUUUAGAAUAUAAGGCUGAAACUUUUGAGAAGUCCAUAUAUUCGUGGAAGAAUACUUGUUGUUCAGCUGCUAUAUCUGCCAAAAACUCUUAUCAACGAGCUUUGCACUUAGCCCCAUGGCAGGCUAACAUCUAUAUUGACAUUGCCAUUAGUUCCAAUCUUAUCUCUUCUUUUUACAAGGAUCAUACACAUGAUAAAUGUACCUGGCAGCUAUCAGAGAAGAUGACAUUGGGGGCUUUGCUGAUAGAGAGUGACAACUUUGAGUUCUGGGUAGCUUUGGGCUGUUUGUCUGAGUGUAAUGCAUUGAAACAGCAUGCUUUUAUCAGGGGACUGCAGUUGGAUGUGUCUAUAGCUAAUGCAUGGGCGUAUCUUGGAAAGCUUUAUAGAGAAGAGAAUGAGAAGAAAUUGGCUAGGCAAGCUUUUGACUGUGCUAGAGGUAUAGAUCCAUCACUAGCAUUACCAUGGGCUGGCAUGUCAGCUGAUACUCAUUCUGGGGAGUCAACACCAGAUGAUGCUUUUGAGAGCUGCCUACGUGCUGUGAAGAUAUUGCCUCUUGCAGAGUUCCAAAUUGGUCUAGCUAAGCUUGCUUUGCUUUCAGGGAACCUUUUAUCUUCACAGGUAUUUGGAGCUAUCCAGCAGGCAGUGCAACGUGCACCCCAUUAUCAUGAAUCCCAUAAUUUAAAUGGGCUAGUAUGUGAGGCUCGUUUUCAUUUUCAAGCUGCCAUUGCUUCUUAUAGGCUAGCUCGCUAUACCAUCAACAUUUCUGCAGGCACUUUGCUCAAAGCUCAUUUGAAAGUCAUAUCAAUUAAUUUGGCCAGAUCACUUAGUAAGGCAGGGAAUGCCAUAGGUGCUGUGCAAGAAUGUGAAGACUUGGAGAAAGAAGGUAUGCUUGAUGCAGAAGGUUUGCAAAUAUAUGCUUUCUCCUUAUGGAAACUGGGAGAGCAUGAGGCAGCCCUCUCCAUGACUAGAACCCUAGCUGCCAGCAUUCCUACCAUGGAUAGGACAUCUGCAGCUGUGUCUGUUAGUUUCAUUUGUAGAUUGCUGUACUACAUUUCUGGACAGGAUUUAGCAAUUGUUAGCAUAAUGAAAAUGCCAAAGGAACUAUUUCAGAGUUCAAAAAUAAGCAUUAUUGUCUCUGCCAUUAAUGCUCUGGAUCAGAAUUACAGGCUGGAAUCGAUUGUUUCAAGCAGUCGUUACUUUCUUGCAUCACAUGAGGAGAUUACUGGCAUGCACUAUCUAAUCGCACUUAGUAAACUAAUUAAACAUGGGACAGAGCACCACCUUGAAUUUCAGAGUGGAGUCAGUCAUCUUAGAAAAGUUCUUCACAUGUACCCUAACAGUAAUUUAAUAAGGAACCUACUUGGUUAUCUUUUGAUGGCCAGUGAAAUAUGGGGAAAUACUCAUGUGGCAAGUACAUACUCUAUCAUUGAUUCUUCUGACUCUAGGAACAAAGAAGGCUUAAAAUUGGCAUGGGAGAUCUUCAGUGCUGGGGCAGUUGCUUGCCAUUCGAUGGGCAAUAGUGAACCGCGGUUUUCUUUCCCAACAUGUGGCUGUCAAUGCCAAAGUGGUUUUGGAGCUAUGAAAGAGCUACAGAAGUGGUUACGCCAAGAGCCAUGGAACCGUAAUGGCCGAUACUUGCUUGUGCUUAAUCUUUUACAGAAAGCACGUGAAGAGAGAUUUCCCAUAAACCUUUGUGUCAUGCUUGAACGUCUCAUUAUUGUGGCUCUUUCUGACGAGUUCUAUUCUGGAAAAGAAGCCUCUUGUCAAUAUCAGAAGUUUCAGCUUUAUUUAUGUGCUUCUGAAAUUCUUUUGCAAAGGGGGAAUAUAAUUAGCUGUAUCAACCAUGCAAAAGAUGCUUCAGCACUUUUGCUUCCUAAUAGCUACCAGUUUUUUGGACACUUACUAUUAUGUCGUGCCUAUGCUGCAGAAGGCAAUUUUAAAAAUUGCAAAGAAGAGUAUGAAAGAUGCUUGGGGCUUAAGACAGAUUUUCUUGUUGGUUGGAUAUGCCUAAAAGUAAUGGAAUCUCAAUAUGAACUGCAAACUGUUUCAAAUGUUGUUGAGUUAGCCUUCAAGGAAAGCUCAAGAGGGAGGAAUAAUUCAUGGAAUAUGUGGAUGGCUGUAUAUACUUUAAUGAUGGGUAUGAUAUGUAUAUGGAAUCAGGAUUUUCUUUCUGCAGAGGAUUUUCUGGAGCAAAGUUGUUCGUUAGCCAGUGCUGAGAGCUGCAUUUUCCUUUGCCAUGGUGUCACUUCUCUGGAGAUUGCACGGAGGUAUCGUUAUUCACAAUUUUUGUCUAGUGCCAUAAGGAGUCUCAGUAGAGCUUAUGUGACUUCUUCGGUCCCAAUACCUUUUAUCUCAGCAUUGUUGGCCCAAGCAGAAGGAAGCCUUGGUUAUAGGAAAAAAUGGGAGAGAAACCUUCGUCUUGAAUGGUUUUCUUGGCCACCAGAAAUGAGACCUGCAGAGCUCUUUUUUCAAAUGCAUUUGCUUGCAAGACAGAUUGAAUCUGAGUCUGACAGUUCAUCCAGGGUAGAGUACUGUCAAAGUCCCCAGCAAUGGGUUCUUCGAGCAAUACACACAAACCCUUCUAGCUUGAGAUAUUGGAAAGUUCUGCGAAGCUUAUGUAACAACUAGAGACUCGAAUCUGUAAAUUGAACAAUGACUAGCAAAAUUUUCCAGAUUCUGUUUUUUACAGAUUACCUAGGAGGACUUCGGACUUCUUCCUCAUCUCACUGUUCAAGAUUUUGUAGAUUGACCUGUGUUUUCUUGCAUGCAAUUGCCAGUAGCUACCUGAAAAUUGUUUUAGCCUUAACACAGACAUUGACUUGAAGAAGUCUUUGCAGAAAGUUCGUUUAUUAUAGCUUAUAAUUGGGCUGUGUAGGAAUUUUUUAUGGAUUUCUACAUUGAAUACUGCCUUCAAUACAGUUAUUGAAGAUUUGACCCAUUGUAGUGAGUGAAAUUGGGCAAGUGUUGCUAAUUAUGUCGUUCAUUUCUUCGUUCAUGAAAUCCCCUGUAAUACCAUAUUAUUACCAUGCCGAGGGACACCACACAUGUUAGUCUUUGGUGUUUGAGAUAGGAGCCAUUGUUUUACUGCAUGGAAUUAAUUGAGAAGGGAGUUGAUUGGGUUUUGGCUUUUGUUACUAUUAUGUUGCAUACGAGGUUUUUAUUGCAUGAGACAAAAGCCAUUCAUUUGCAUAUUUGCAUACCAAUUUCUUUUUUUAUUCAAAUAAAUUCUAAAAUGAAUUGAUAGUUGUAGUUUUUGUUUGGUCCUAAUCCCUUUUUUGUUAUAUUCAUAUGUUGAUAAUGAAUUUUUAAUUGCAUUUGAAAAGUAUAUCGAUGGCAGUGACGGAAGAGAUGAGGGCAAUUUUGUUUGAAAAAAAUUUAGUUGGUCAACUUUUAAGUGACGUAGCAGUAAACUGCAACAUCGUUAGGGGGUAAAUUUUUUU